AUGGGUUAUAGACUUCCAAGCAUUUCGACCAUUGGAACGCUCUCUGAGGAGGCAAAGGGUGAGGUUCUAAACAACUUGUUUGAACCUCACGAUUCGAUCGUGCGUUAUCUCAAGCCGCUGUUUGAACAGAGCUAUAAAGACUACGACCAGUUCAUAGACAGUGCGUUGAAAAGAUUCCAGGAGCUGGACCCACAUUCUGAGUUGGCAAAGGACAUCAUCAGCUCACACCCUCGUCUUGGAGUCCCAAGGGGCACAGAGCUGAGUGAACACAGUGCUAAAGAACAGGAAAACUUACAAGGAGAUGAUGGCGUUGUUGUAGAAUUCUCCCGGCUGAACAAACUAUAUGAAAGCACUUAUCCAGGCUUGAGAUUCGUACUGUUUGUAAACGGCAGGGACAAAGAAUCUGUAAAAAGCGUCUUCAAGCAGAGAAUUGAAAGGAACAAUUACGAACUGGAAGUGAGAGAUGCCAUUGAAGCAAUGUGUGACAUCGCCAAGGACAGGGCACACAAACUACUGAGUAAGCUAUAG